GGUGAUCCUGCAAUUGGAGACGGUGUGACUCGUCAUGUUUUUGCAACAGUCAUGUCAAAACUCCAUCAUGGUUUUGAACUACAACUUGUGCCAGGAGGAACUCUUCUUUUUGAGGGUGAAAAGGAUCACUUGAUUCCCUCAACAUCACAGAGUUUUCUGGAUAGUGACUUCUUUGUGGUGGCAGGCCGUAUGAUCGGGCACUCAUUCCUGCAUGGUGGUCCAUGCUUAACUGGUUUAAGCCCAGCAAUAAUCCACGUGCUUUUUGGUGGAUCCCCUGAAACAGCCACCAUAGAUAUACUGGACUGUGUGGACACUGAUGUCCGUCAAGUAAUAGAGAUGUUGAAAGGCACAGGUGAAUUAUCAGAGGAGGAAAAGAGGGCUAUUACAGACCUUGCAGUGUCCUGGGAUUUGCCUGGUGUGACAUCAGAGAACAGAAGAUGGCUGCUUGACAAACUGCUCAUUCAUGCAAUGAUUUUAGAGAGGAUAAUUUGGCCAAAACAUGAUGAAGACAGCGAGGCCUCUCUUGAAGACACAUGUAGGCUCGCCGGAUUCCUUUGCACCUUCAUUGGAAAUUCUUCUUAUAAUAUCUUGCGGUUUCUAAUGAAAUUCUGGACUGGAUGGGAUGUGCUGCCCAGGAGCCUAGACGUUGAGGUGGUGGAUGGAAACCUACCCAAGUCUUCCACAUGCUAUCAAACUCUCAAGCUUCCUAGUCAUUACAAGGACUAUGCUGCCUUUGAGAGCGAUAUUUUAGCUAUCUGGAGCUCAGAUUAUGGAUUUGGAAUGGUUUAA